AUGAGCGACAUUCUCAGUGAGAAGACGACUUCGGACGUUAGCAGCGAUGCCACCACAUCGUCCCAGCGAUUUCAGGACCAACUGGAGUCUGUUCUGAAGAAGCUGAAGACCGAUCCAGGCAGUAUCACGGCGGAAGAGGCUCGCAUUCUGACUGAGAACGUCGCUAAGCCUGACGACAGAGCGGGACCCAGUCACGAUCAGGCUCCUCAUCGUUCCCUGCUGAUGGCCGCCAAGGACCUGCAUGCCGCUGUGGACGGCAGCUCUGAGGAAGCAACUACCGAGAUACUUCGUGUUGCUCAGAGCAUUGUUAGUAGCCGUCGGUCAUACCAACGCCCCCACCCCGAAGUCGAGGCUGAGCUCCAGGAGGAAAUCGCUAAGAUCGAACACAAAAUCGCGCAAGGCACUGUCAACAAGACUGAGGCUGACCGUCUCCGUUCCCUCGAAGCUCGUGCCCAUGGUCAUACCGAGAAAGGGGGUAUCGCCGCUGCAGCUCAGUCUGUCGUAGCUAAACGUGAGCGUCAACUGUCACUGAGCAGCUGUUCUGGAUCCGUUUCGAGUCCCAUCUAUGGGCGAUCCCGUGCCAACAGCAGGAACUUCACAUCGCCUCAGCAGCAAUUCUGUCAAGAGAGGUUGAACGAGUUUCACCAUGCAGAUAUGGCUAUCAGGCCCAAGACCGAGGCAGAAAUUGCAACCAAAUCAGGGACCGACAAACCACACACUCUCGAAGUUCGUGCUAACGGCGGCACUGCAAAGAGCGACACUUCAGCAAUGCGUGGAUCGGUCGCCAGCAGCAGACGUUCUCGUGCCAAUAGCAAGAGCAUUACCUCACCUGGAGAGCAAUUUCGCCAUACCAAGGAUGAGAACCGAUGCGACACGGAGGCGUUUAUCAGGCCCAAGACAGAGAAGGGCACCGUUAGCCAUACUGAUACCGACACUCUUCACUCCCGCGACACGCGCUCUCUUGGCCACAUUGGGACUCGCAGUCUUAGUGCCACUGCGCAGUCAUUCAUCUCGCGUAGAGCACAAGAGUCUCUCGGUAACGUUUCCAACUCUUCUGGGACGGAGCACCGCAAAGAACAUUCCCAACUCGACAAGGAUCUCCAAGAGGGUGAUGAGGAGUUGGACAACAGCAAAAGUGAAGCCUACAAGAAGCAUCUCGUAAACACGGGCCAUGACUGUGUCAAUGAGAGCGAUGACCUUCAGCUAGAAGACGGCGAGAUCUGUCCCCGUUGCGGCUACACCAACUGA